GCCCUCCUGGGAGCCUCCGGGCUGCUGCGUCGCAGGAGGAUGUCUCGCAGGGAGUCUCCUCCGCCACCCUCGCCACCUCCACCUCCACAGCUGCUGGGAGUGCGGAGAGGAGAGGUGGAGUGUGAGGAUCGUCCAGAGCGCGCCGAGCCUCUGACUGAUGCCGAGAGGGAGAUCAUCCAGGACACGUGGGGGCACGUCUACAAGAACUGCGAGGACGUGGGAGUGUCUGUGCUCAUAAGGUUCUUUGUCAACUUCCCAUCGGCCAAACAGUACUUCAGCCAGUUCCAGGACAUGGAGGACCCAGAGGAGAUGGAGCGAAGCAGCCAACUUCGACAUCAUGCCCGCAGAGUGAUGAACGCCAUCAAUACUGUGGUGGAGAACCUCCAUGACCCGGAGAAGGUGUCGUCAGUGCUGGCCCUGGUGGGAAAGGCCCAUGCAAUCAAACACAAGGUGGAACCCAUGUACUUCAAGAUUCUGAGCGGCGUGUUGCUGGAGGUGUUGUCUGAAGAUUUCCCAGAGUUCUUCACUGCAGAGGUACAGAUGGUGUGGACCAAACUGAUGGGAGCGGUAUACUGGCAUGUGACAGGGGCCUACACAGAGGUGGGCUGGCUCCAGGUCUCCAGCUCAGCGGUGUGAAGAGUUUGGAGAAAGAAGGAGUUCUGUGAGGAUGGUUUCACAGACAUGGACAAGAUUAACGUGGUAAUCCGUGCAACUAUGUACUUUAUUUUGGUGACAUUUUGGUGCUAAGCAUUCAUUGCUGUGGUGUUUCUACAUCACACUUCCCAGAGAUCACUUGGACACCAAACAAUGUAGCCAAACAACAUUUUACUUUCCUCUUAAUGAAGUUUUAGCUAAUGUAAGUGGAGCUUCAGUCUAUGUUUUUAGCCACGGGCGCUAUCACUGCUAAUGCUAACUAUCCGGUUCUUCUACUGUUUAUUCCAAAAAAAAACAACUGUUGCUACCAAAAGCAUUAAACGCAUCACUUCCUGUGUAGCAUGGGAUCAUUACAGAGCAAAUCCAAAAUCUUUAAUAAACUACUCGAUUUAAUUACUGUUCUGUUUCACAUUCACUGACAGUUGACCCUUCACUAAGCUCCCUUAGUUACAAGGCCUGUCAAGCUUUCAAACCUAGAGUACCUAGAGAUUAGCCACUCAUAACUGUCAUUUUUAAAACAAUGAUUCUUUGAUUUCAGACACAGGUAGGCUUUUGCUACCUCUGUUCAAGAUUUUAUCAGCAAUCGCUAGCUAGCUAAUUAAUGUUAGCUAAACAAGUUAUUUGUUAAUGCCGUCUCCAACCAACACAUUUAAACAAAUACCCUGUAUUAGUGUUAGGGUUGCCACCCAUCCUGUAGUAUACAGUCCCUUAUUGAAAAAUAACAUACAUUGUCCCUUACUAUAUCAGUACAGGACGCAACUGGUCCUGUAUUUUCCUGCUCUCAUGUAGAUGCUACAUUUUCACAUGCUUUGAAUGACAUUUGAAAUUAUGAAACCAGAAGAGUUUCAUGUGACAAGUAUUGGAUCACAAUUUGUGGAAGACAAUGACACCUUGAAUGACAACUUGUCGUCAUCACCCUGGUUACGGAGAAGCUGAUGUGCGUUUUUCAAAAAAAUGUUGGUGAAUACCUCUAGCUAAGGUCCGCCCAUAAAAACAAAGAGGGUGUUUUUCUUGUGGAUAUGAAUGGCAGACGGUUCAGGCUUGUUAGUGAGAAGGAGUACUGUGGUGGACUGUCUGACCUGAAGCAAGAUUCUGCAAGGGACGUAAAUUGAUGCAUUAAAAUUCACCAGAAAGCAGGAAAUUAGUUAACACCCAAAAUCUGAUGGGUGAGGACCCCGAGACCUGAUACUGUCCCUUAUUUCUCCACACUCAAGGUGGCAACCCUAAUUACUGUAUGUGCUCUUAGGUUACAUAAGUGCUACAUGUUAUGCUAAAAAGCUAAAGCUGAACGUCCAAAGUAAAAAGACAUGGCAUCUUCACCAGCUGAUCAAACAUGUAGAACACAUGGAAACAAAGAAGGAGGUUGUUCUUGUAUUUCAGUGUAGCAUUGUAUAUAUUGCUCUUACUGCAGCUUCUUUCACACUGCUUUUGCAUGUGGAGAAAUCCAAAGCUUGACAGGCCUGCUGUGCCUAGUUACAGAUAAUCUAAAGUUAUGUUGGACAAUCGCUGUUCAGGGUAGGGUUUUAGUGAAGGGUCAGCUGCAGAUGGCAGAAUUUAUUUGUAUGAAAAUGUUGCGGAUUAUUACUUUACAGAGUUCAUUUCUGUGGAAACCUGCAGUGAGAGAAGCAUCUUCCGGCUACGCCGCACAAAUGUAUACACCUCAUGAUAUUCUGAAAGAGAGAUUAAGAAAUGUGUAGACAAGAAAUGAUUUUUAAGCUCUGAGAGGGGGGCAGUUAGUUGUUGAAGCCCUGGCUAUGGGACCAUGGAGCUGCUGACUGUUAAUAGAUUCUCUUUGUGUCCUACUACAGUAUGUUUAGGGGACCUGCGCCCCUUUCUUUCUCUAUUGAUGCAUUGCGUGCUCUUAAUGUCUUGUUUAACUUUACAGAGGUGUUGUUUGUAUAAGUGUACAGUGGGCAAGUGUGCAUACUCUUCUGCCUUUGUUUACAACUCAUUGACACGUUGAUCUGUUGACGUGUUAAAGAGGGCUGUUUUUUCUUUGCUAAAAGUCUUGGACUCGCAGCAAUGUUUUAAGUUUUUUAUUUGCCACUUUGUCACUUUCAUUACACAACAUUGUGAAAGUGAGAUGGAAAAUAUCAGCCUGUGGACACAAUCAGCAACCACACAUGUACACAUCCGCACAUAGGCAUGCUAUAAGACCUUCCCUAUGCUAAUAUUUACAGGACUAUCCAUUAGUUUACCUCUUCAAAACCCCGUCAGAGAGACACGCUGCAUUAAAGGCUCCAUUAAGGGCUUUGGAAAGUCACUCUGGAGGUCUGCGAAAAAAAAACAUGUCAGCUUUAGAAGUGCCAUGAAUCUGUCUCUGUCCAAUCUAACACAGUUUAAUUUUUCCUCACAGUUUCUCUCUGAACUCAUAUUCAGACAUCAUAUUCAUAGUGAUCCAACCCCUCCUCAAACACACUGCAUACUGUCAGACUGCCUUUCUUUACCUUACUUAACCUCAUCGUCGUGUCACCACAAGUCUUUGGACUGCAUGCACUCCUGUUAGCAGUCCCCAUCUGCGAGUCUCUCUCUAGUCAAUUCCCAAACAAACAUAGAUGGCAAAUCUGUUUAGGAUGGACAUUUGAUCCAAUCUUCAGUUUGCAUCUGCUCCAGUGACGUCCUGCAUCUCCCAUCGGACCACCCUUGGCAUCGGCAUCUGGCAUUAAUGAGGAAGUAAUGAGUUUCCUCUCCUCCUCAUUUGGUCAUUCAUCUACUGUAACUUCCCAUUGCCUCCGUAAGAACCACGUCACCGGGAACAAAAACAAUUAUGACUGGACAGAUGGUCCUAAACCCACCAGGCUGUGUCAGCCAUUCACAAAAAUUCUUUAACAAAAUGUCUUUCAUUCACUUGCAGGAAAAUCAUUUUGUUGAUUUAUUGAUGUUUCUCAAUCAUUUCUGCUGUACAAAUUUAACAUGCAAGUUAAACCUUUUUUCACACGGCAAUGACUAGAUUCAGCAAUCAUUGCAAUGCAGCAAUUAAAAUGCUAUUAGAUAUCUGUGUUUGACAAGUUAAAAACAUUUGCUGGUCUGUUCAACUUUAGUUUCAUUCCACAUUUUCCCCUUGCGCGUGUGUAUUCCCCUUGUAAUGGCUCUGUGCCCUCCCCUGGUUUGAGAACCACUGCCUUAGACAGACUCGUCAAUAAGUGUGUUUUCAAGUGUGUUUGUUUAUGCAAAUAAAAAAAAAAGCUGAGUGGAAAAAACUAAACUGUAAAAACAUGUUAACAUAUGGCAAAAUCAGUAGCGUAUCAGUGAAAGCAAAAUGCAAUGGAAACAGACAUAGCAAAUACACUCUCUAAUCUGUGAUCUUGAGAUAACAGAAUUAAAACAAUAAUUGAAACAAUUAAAACACCACAGCCACUCAUAGCUUCAGUAUCUGUAAAAAAAAAACGGUUAUUUACAUCCUGUGCAGAAAUUCUCUAAGAGCUCUCAUUAAACGAGCUCCUUUUCAAGUUGAACUGGAGAGUCGUAAGCCUAUGUCACACAGUGAUAAGUCAGUCAGGUGGAUAAAAAUACACACAACAGUCAAACAAACCUCAAGGUAAACUAUUUCCACUUUGGCUCAAAUAGCUCUGGAGGCAGUAAAGCUGUUGUCAGUCAUAAAUGCUCCGGUUCAAAAUACACACCGGUUCUAUUCUUUGGCGACUUCUGACGUCAGCGUCCCUCUGAGGUCAGACUUCAAGUAGCUUGAGGUUCAGGAAUAUUUUUGUUAACGGGAAUUCCCCUGACAUCUUGUUUAUUAAACACUGUGUGGUGUGAAUCCCAUCUGCAAACACACAUACACACACACACACACACACACAAUGUACUGAUGGAGAUGUACUGUUGCUCAUGCUAAGCUGCAGGCUUUGUGUCCCUCUUUGUCUAUAUGAAGCACGUUCUUCAUCACACUAUAAACAAAUACUUGCACGUACAAUUAUGUGCAAACACAUCCCAAUGACUCUUGCUCACUUGCUUUCUUUAUCACUUUUCUCACUCACACACAUAUGGUCUUGCAUUAAAUUGUCCCGAGUCGGGCAUGUCCUUGCAUGCCAAGUGUACUACAGCAGCACUUAAUCCAAUAUAUAUUUUUAUUUAUGUUCAUUAAUUCUUUUCAUACAUUUGUUCUCUUUCAGCAAAUAAGGGCAUCACAGCAUAUGUGGAACUAUGUGUUUUUGUUGUGAAAUGUUUCUGUCUAUCAGUUAAAAAGUUAGGACUUUAUAUUUUUCUAAAUAUAUCUAUGAGAAGGAAUCUAUGUAUUUGAAUACUGUAUAUGAAUAUGUCAUUGUAUACUGCGUUGUUGGUGGGAGAGAGUGCAGUGGCUUUGUAGU